GUUUAUCAGUCGCUGAUUUAUGCAGCCUCAUAACUAUGGUGUUCACGUGUAUCUUGUUAACACCAGCUCUUAUGGACGCUGAUGUACCAUUUGCAAGUAUAGAGGUUUCGUACCUGGUAUCGGCGAUGCCACAUUUUGCCUUCACCAGAGUCAGCAGUUGUAUCACAGCUUUGAUUACUCUGGAGAAAUGCAUUAGUGUGGCUGCUCCAUUAAGA